AUGCCGAAAGGUGGCACUGGUGCAGGCCGUGGCAAGAGAAGCCACAAAGGCCAACGAAGGAUAUUUACAAAUGAAGAAGAACUUGCUCAACAACAUGAACAGGAAGAAAAGAAAAAAGCUUGGAGGAGGCAAAAAGGUAUUGAGAGUGGUGAGGAAGGGAACAGUGAUGGAGGAAGCGCAUCAUCUUCAGAAGAUUCUGACAGUAAAGAAGAAUUCAAAAGUAAAGGAGUUGGUCAUUUAAUAGAUAUAGAGAAUCCAAAUCGAGCAAAUGUAAACCGAAGUAAAAAAGUGACUGAUAUAGCCGUUGAAGGAGGUGGAUCUGAAAGUCUGUCAAGAAGAGAACGGGAAGAAAUUGAAAAGCAGCAAGCGAAGAUCAGAUAUCAGCAACUGCACAUCCAAGGGAAAACGGAUGAAGCACGAGCUGAUUUGGCAAGGUUAGCACUCAUAAAGAAACAACGAGAAGAAGCAGCAAAGAAAAGGGAAGAUGAAAAGAAAGCAAAAGAUACAGCAAAAGUGUCUGCAAAUAAACUCAAGGGCAAAUCUUGA